AUGUCGUUUAGACUGGGAGCUAUUUUUGUUUUGUGUUGUGGCGCGUGGGGGGAGUACACGCCCAAAAUUGACCCGAAGACAUUCGAGUUGUGGAGGCUCAAGGUCGAAAAAAAGGUGAAAACGACCGAGCGCGCACAUCGGAUCCACUUCCUUUAUCGGGGGCAGACAGUAUGUGAGAUUCCACGAAUGACACAUGCAAAGUUGGAGAUCCACAAGGGUCACGAGCCCAACCCUCUAAUUCAAGACACAGUUGCGAACAAUAAGCUGCGCUUCUACAAAUAUGGAGAAUCAAUUGUUAAUUACGGAGCUAUUGCUCAAACCUGGGAGGACCCGAAUGUUGCAGACCCUGACACCGGCUUGGGUGGCGACAACGACCCUAUCGAUGUACUCCAGCUCAACUCAAAGCCCUGUCGCCGGGGCUCCGUCCAUCGCGUGCGCGUACUCGGUGCUUUGGCACUCGUUGAUAGUGGAGAAACUGACUGGAAGUUGUUGGUGGUCAAUGUGGAUGAUGUUGCUGAGAAAGAUGCCACGAAGUGGCGUCACAUCGAUGAAAUCCCCCAAACCCGCAUCGACGAGAUCCGCAAUUGCCAGAAUCAGUGCGCGAAACCAAAAUUCGAAACGAACAGUCGUCCGCCAUUCCCCUGGCACAAGCCGUGGAGAAAUACAAACGCAGGAACUUCGGAAGAGGGCCUACUAGAGCGACUAAAACCCAACUAGGGCGACUAAAACCCCCUAAUCUCACCCUUGCCGAGGAACGCAGCCGAGGAAUUGCUUACUUGCGGUGCUGCACUUGCUGCUGCUGUGGGACCCUACUGUGAUUGGCCGCGUCGGCAAGGUAAAUUGCCAAGUCCCAGUCGCGGCCUUGCGCAAGGUGAUGGUCGCAUGCGCUCGAUCUCAAAAUUGCUGCGUGCGAGGAUGAUACUAGGCUCUGGUCGGAUCACUCCCCUGUGUUACCAGGGAUGGGAACGAGGUUGUCGUCUCAAACCUCUCUGGCACGUAUUAUCUCGUUUAGUCGGUACUCGCAUCGUUGGCGUGAACAUCACCCUUGGUUUCGGGAAUCGCAGAUAUCAUACCAGGUAAUAGCGGGAAAGCAUCAUCAGCCGCAGCUAGGUCCACCGCAUUGAAACCCUUGCCCUUGGAUUUUGGAUCUCGGACUUUGUCGUGAACAGGAUUUGAUAACGGGUCCCUGUCAUCACGCUCGCGCUUCGAUUGUUGCUGUUUCGCUUCGUCAGCUUUCUGCUUGUCCCGGAUCGAGGGUACGGCACCUCGCUCCAGCGAGGAAAACCAUUGCUUUUUCUGAGCCAGACUCUUGACAGCUUCAACAACCCCACUUACAGUGGAAGGUGGCUCCAAUUCCAGGAGCGCAAAUAUUUCUAUUGUUUCUGGAACGAGCAUGAUCUUAUCGUUCACCUUUAGACCACCUCGUUUUUUCCCACGGCCUUUCUUCUUCCCUGUAGCUUUGUUGAGACUCAAAUAGUCGUCAUCAUGGUUUCUCACAGCAUUCUUCCCCGAAAGUACAAGACCCUCAAACUCCCCAGUGGGGGAUGAGUCAGAUGUAUCGAACUCAGACUGCUUCGCUUGAUCGGGGCCUGAUUUCCCAUACGUGGUUUCUAGAUAGUUAGCAAGAUAGGCACAGAGCUCCAUCUCUUCUACAUAAGGGACACGCUUAAGUUCUUCAGCUUCAGCCUCCUGUCGGCGCUUUUCUAGCUCUGCACGACGGGCUUCAUCUUCAGCCUUGCGAGCUUCGUUCCUGACGCGACGAACUUCACGCUGGUGAGCACGAAAAUCGUUUUCCAAUGAACGAAACUCCGCCCUGAGCGCCUUAAUGGUCUCUACUUUUGCCUGUUUCUCCUUCCGUAGGGCGUCUUUGUCCUUGAAGAGAGCUGGUAGUACUGCCCGCCGCUCAGAGUUGGCUUCGUUAAGCGUUUCCAGGAUUUGCUUCUGCUCGUCAAUUUUUUUCUUCAGCACGUCAAGCUCAGCAUUUUUGGAAGAGAGCUGUUCGGAAAUUGACUGCGAGUUCUUCCGCUCGGAGGAGAUCGAAUCAUUAUUGGCAGCAAGAUGUGUGACCAACUUCUUAGACUGUUUGAGGUGGUCUAUCUCUUUGAGCAGAACCUUCUCAUCUUUUAAUGACAUUGACGUGGUAGACUGGCGCUUCUCCAAAUCUGCAAUCUGUUUGUCUAUCUCCUCUGGUGACGUGUACUUCAGCUCCGCACGCAGUGAACGCCCAGCCUAAGCGCACGAGGCUUGACACCAAACUUUAGGUCCGAAAUCACCGUUAUCUUAGAGUCGAGGGAUGCUUUCGCAGACUUCUGAAGCGCGGCGAUCUCGGCGCGAUCACGCAUGAUAGCAUCUUUACGUUCACGAAGUGACUUCAUUGUAGUGCGGGCCUCGCGAAGUUCCUCUGACUGAUCACCCCCCGAACUCUUUGCAUCGGCAAUCUUGGCGUCGACCUCCGAAAGCCGCUCGUUGAAGUCCUGUACUUCAUCAUUGAGCGCCACUAUUUUAGCAUCGAACUCGCUUUUGUCCGGGCCUGUAAAUUGCUCUAAUUCAGUCCUUUAGCGGGAGAGCGACACUGACGUUUGCGAGAUACGGUCCUCGAUGCGUCAACUUUAUGAAUGUCUGCAUUCUUGAUGUCGAGCUCUUCAAUCUUAUGAGCUUCGCUUUGCGCCUCCAUCACUGAGCGAUCCAAUUGGCG